CUCGCUUUGUUAUGGUCACCAUGGGCUAGACUCCUCCUAGGAAAGUGUAGAGGACAUUCCUGGAACAUUUUUCUCAGAGGCAUCAGGAGAUGGGAGACGAUGCUUGUGGUUCGAACCUUUUUCUUCUUCCUGUUCGUCUUGAGGUUUUCUGACGGGAGGUCCCUGGACGACUCCCUGGGGAUCUCGCCCUGGCUCCUCGCUGCUUCUGAGACUCUGUCUGAGACGGACCCGGGGAGCGGUGGAGAUCCAGACUUGGGGAGCGGGUAUGACCUACACCUCCCGUCCACAGAACCACCUCCCAUCAAGGACGCGACCUUCGCAGUCAACCCCGUUCUGCAGCAUACCUGUCGGCGCGAAGAGGCCGAUGGGUAUUUGUGGCUGGAGACCGCUGCCCCGGGUUUGGCAGAGGUUCCGUGUAUCGGGGAGGAGGCGGCAGGCGGUCCGUUGGCGGCCCGGGAGUGCGGGAUAGUGGAAAUGCCUGAGUACGGGUACUCUGUGGCGUUCUGGCGGGGCCCGGACUGCAGCGCCUGCCGCGUCUGUAAACCCGCCACCAAGUCCUGCAAGGGGGAGAGCAGCUACGACAUGGACUGGGAGGAAACACCUGUAGGUAAGGACCCUAGUGUUUCUGUCACAGCUUGUAAAAUCUACGACAUCAUGGCCUACGUAUUCAGCUAUUUCUACGUACAUGUAUGUACUACACAAAGUUCACUGUUCACAUGGAGUCAUGGGGUGACAGUUUUCUGUUACCAAGGACAGGUAGUAGAGAAGCCGUGUGACGAGCGGCUGGGUCUGAGAGGGCCCAGUGUGAAGAGACGGUGUGUGGAGUACCCGCCCCUCAGAGAGGUAGUAGAGAAGCCGUGUGACGAGCAGCUGGGCCUGAGAGGGCCCAGUGUGAAGAGACGGUGUGUGGAGUACCCGCCCCUCAGUAUGGCGGUCUGGGAGGUUCCUGACAUGACUGAGUGUGUCAGCGCCUUUACCAACUCUACCAUAUUCCAGGUGGCGCUGCUAGAGCAGUACUUCACCAUGUACCUGAAUUUCACCGUGCAGUGGAUGAAGCGAAACGUGUGUCCACCCGAGACAACGUUUAGAGAGGAGAACGGGAAAGGUGUGUUCAGAUGGCCGCUGACGCUGGCGGGUUUCCCGGCGCUGGCGGACUGUCCAUACGGCUCCAUCCUGCCGUCAGCCCGCCUCAUCCGGGAUCUCAUCCUCGACAUCUCGCUCGGGGUCUUCCAGAACCAGGAAAUUCCCGUGGAGAACUACAACGGCACCAGCCUGACCGACAACUUCCUCCAUGCGCUAUGGACCAGCAGCAUGGACAACUUCGUGGAGAGCGACGUCUACAAGGAGGGGAAGGAGUUCUUCGAGAGCAUCCUGAACAAGACAGGCGAAGAGGCAUCCAAGCAUCCCAGGCGGCGGUGGUCUGAGGGGGCAGCCGAACCCAUCGUCAUCCACCGCCCGGAGUCUCGGCCCCGACAUCUGCACCAUUUCGGCACGUCUGACCACGAAGAUAGUGUGGGAGUAGAGAGCUCCAAUAACAACGACACAACCAACCAAACUCAAGAACCUCCAGCCAGAAACAAGGUGACGUGGGAGAACUUCGCGAACGUCCUGCUGCACAUGGAGCUACUCUUGCGCAGGGCCAGUCGGAAGUGCGUGCAGAACGAGGACGGCACCGUCAGCUGGACCGAGCCCUUGACCUGGAUGUGCCGCUCCAAGGACAGCGAGCCGUUCGAGGACCUCUACAACAUUCUGUCAGACAGCGCCAGGGUGGAAGCGUUUAUAUCAAGCAUAGAACACGUGACCGGUGACCUUGGUAACAUCAGGACUCCGGAUGUGGAACUAACUCUAAACAUGUUUGAGACUGCGCACAAAGUAGACCAGAUCUACUCCCCAGAGGUUGAGCCGCAGGCGUUCCCCGGUAUGACCUUCGUGUCUCUGCACAGUCCCUCCAACCUCACCAACUGUACGGACCAUGGAGGAGCAGGUAACCUCAGCCUGAGGAACCACACGUUCCAGACCAUCCCGGGUGAUCUACAGCAGACAGUGGAGCGGAUCGACAUCUCCGUCCUGAGCGAGCUUAUCUACAUCCCGCACGCUGUCUUUGAUCAGGCUGAUGCCAGAGCUGCAUUGGAUGCGAACUGCUCCUGGCACCACUCUGGUGACACGCACGCCAUUCAGUUCGUACUGUACGAGAACGACCGGCUUUUCCCUUCUGACAUCAACGGGCAAAACGACAUACACAACGGCACGAGUUCUAACGAGGACCACGGAGGCCCGAGUCUAGUGUCGCUACAGGAGGACCACCAGCUGAAGAUCGGCAGCAGGGUUCUCGCCAGUAAGAUCCAGGGACGCUGUGUGAAGAACCUGACGGAACCUGUGGUCAUCAUCCUGAAACAUAAGAUGAAGGGGAGAACACCUACGUGCGUGUUCUGGGACUUCGAUGCUGCGGGCGGGGCAGGGGCAUGGUCAACUGAAGGAUGCUGGGUACACCAAACCGUCGAUGACGUCACGGAGUGCCAUUGUAACCACCUGACUAACUUUGCCCUGAUAAUGGACAUCUCUGACCAGUUCGGUGCCGGCCCGUUACCGGUGGAACACCGCACGGCGCUGAGCUGGAUCUCCUGGCUGGGCUGCGGGCUGUCCAUGGUCGGACUCAUCGGCACAUUAGUGUCUCUGCUGUUCGUCAGGCGCCUGCGGCAGCUGAAGACAACCCCGUGUCACCUGAACCUGAGCACGGCCAUGUUGCUGGCCAUGGUGAGUCUGCAGGUCGGCGUGAAGCAGACGGACAGCCGGGUGGCGUGUGGAGUACAGGCCGCGCUUAUACAGUACUUCUUACUGGUAUCUCUGGCGUGGAUGGCAGUCGAGGCACUGCUCAUGUACCAGAACCUGGUCAAGGUGGUCCUGACGCAACCGCGAUUCUUCUUCUGCAGGUCCUGCGUUACGGCAUGGGUUGUCCCGGCUAUCGUGGUCACCGCGUCUGUAUCACUUCGCUGGGACUCUUACGGCGCAGACGACAGAUGUUGGAUCUCUGACGCUGCGGUGUUCUUCGCCACGUUCUUCGUGCCCACCAUGCUCAUCGUGGUGUUCAACAGCGCCAUCUUCGUGCUGGUGAUCCGGUCGCUGGUGGUGAGGAAGGUUCCCGGGGACGGCUUCACCACCCGCCGCAAGGACCGCGUCAGGGAGGCGAGAAGCGCCGUGGGGCUCAUGGUCCUGCUCGGUCUUACCUACCUCUUCGGAAGCUUCACUGUGGGCGACGCCCGCCUGGUGUUCCAGUACAUCUUCGCCAUCACCAACUCCGUCCAGGGCUUCCUCAUCUUCCUCUUCUUCGCCGUCAUCCCUCUCUACAGGCAGAGGAAGACGAAGAAGAAGCGGUCCGACCUUCACUGCAAGAUGCCGGCCAAGAUUCAGUCCAGGGUGUCCGUGGUCUCUCUGGACGUCUCCUCGCGUCUUCGCAGAUCAUCCUCACAAUCGACGGUGGAAAGUUUUACUGGGGACUGCGAAGCGGUGAGGAGGAAUGUUGGCGCGCUUCCAUCUGUCGCGGAAGAGCAACCGGAAAUUACCGAUGAUGACCGACCGGGUACGGACAUUCCCGAUGAGGCCCGAACAACGAAUGAACGAGAAGGUCAAAGAUUUCCUGCAAACGCCGUGACUCUGAAACAUGACGACCAAAACAGUCCCGAUUUUCCCACCCCAUCGCACGGGUACUGUCCCCGUGGCCGUGUGUUCGGUCACGGUUUCCUCAGAAGGGCCCACGUGUCUACCUCUGAAAGCCAAGUGGACUUGACUCUAUGGGACGACGAGCAGUACUGAAACCACCUUCAUCACAGUCACCACUGUUAAAUUUUUCUCUCUUGACCUUCAAGCCGUCCAGUUCUGGUUAUUCGUCGUUAAAAAAAGGGUUUAUCAGAAAUCAAGCCCUUAACCCUCAAGUUAGACUGCCUAAUGAUACACCAUGUACCUCAUAUUGUGAACCUAAAAACCUCACAUUUGUAGGACAAUAUAAGCCAUUGUUGAUUUGUGUUCAAUCCGUAAAACGGAUGAAGACCUUUAAAUAUAUAGUCUAUG